CGAAACGAGCGAAACCAUUGGAAUUAUGACCGAACUUAUAAGUCGAAUUAAGCAUGAUUUCCAUUACAAUCAGGAGGCAUACCCACGUCUUCGAUCACGAGAGCCCUCCUGUAUUUUUCAGCAGCUGGAAUACUCCUGCCAUGAAGGCCACCAGUCAUUUGACUUUGUUUCGCUUGUGGUACGAUGGACACAACCAAGCCCAAUCUAGAAGGAAGAAUUGACUGUUCUAGGUGCCUUUUAUUCAAGUCUACAAUUGGGCAGUCAUUGAGGCACGCAUGGAGGACCCUACAAAUGAGUACCUGCACGCCUGUGUUGGCAAGAGUCACGACUUUAUCAAGGGCAGUAUGCCACUUACUCUGGACGAGUACUGUAGUCCUGCGUUGUCUCAUAACGUUCUUAAGGACCGCAAUUGGGAUCAAGUGCUAGGUCGUUAUGAGAGCUCUAAGAAGGAAAGGAAUAAUUUGACGCAGACGCCAACCCGUCCUAAAAGGGAUGCUUCAGCGUUACUGAGUGACCUAUGGAGACUGAUGGGAACAUGCUUGAGAAAGCUGAGUGGUCAACAACCUACCAAAGUAGCAGCCAAGCGUACCCCACCGGAUCAUGCGGUGUUCGUCCGCCAAGCUUGGAUUUGGAAGGUUGGCGACGAGAUCAUAAUCAACCCUCCCGAGCUACCUCUAGAGCUAAUUGAAAACGGUCUGCUGGCAUCGCAAUUCCCUCCUUGGCCAGACGACCCAUUCGGCUCCCUUACGAAUAUUUUGCAUAUAAUCGUAAAGUCUCUCGGCGACCCUAUAUACACGAUAGACAACCCUUUAUUACCCACGACAAACGAGCCACUCCUCAAGACAUAUGAGAAUGCAUUAUCUCUUAUCUCAGAAAAUGUGAACCAGUAUGUGAAGAAAGCCCGCAUUGAGGAUAUUGAUCUCGAAAAAGAGAAACAGCUCUUUCACGAGAUUAGCGAUCUUCAAUCAGAACUAUCUAUGAUCAAAUCGGUGCUUGCUGAGCAGGAGGAAGUAUGGAACGAAUAUCUGGGUCUUGUAUUGCCAAAGGCAGCAUCCGCGGACGAUCAACCAUGUACCAGAUCUAAAGAAACCGCAAUUGCAGAGCAUUCCCGAUGGCCUCAGCAACACACCAGACUUGGAAAGAUUGAGAAAUCGCGACUGCAGCCGUCAAAAACUCAAGAAUCGAAGACCAAAGAUACCGUGAGCCUUAAGGCCACGUUUGACAAAUACCGACGGCGAAUUACAAAACUUGAGCAAGAUGCAGAGAGAGUCGAGCAAGAUAUUCAGAUUCAGCUGGAUCUAAAGCAAAAGCAUGCGACCAUGAAGGAAGCUCAUUCAUUAGCUGUGCUAAGCGCGACGAUCUUUGGCUUUACUAUUAUCACGGUCAUUUUCGCUCCUCUGUCAUUUAUCGUUGCGCUUUUUGCGCUCCCUAUAGACAAAUUCAAUGAAGGGAAGGUUGGGAAUGAUAAGGACGGAGUAUAUUCAUCCAUUUACGUUGGCAAAUGGAGCGUGGCUACCGAAUUUGUCUCGAUUUCUGUUACCUUAAUAGCAAUGUGGGCUGCACUACGGUUUACAGGCCUCCAUGUCUGGGGAAAGAAAGGACUGCGAGAAUACAUCAGACAAAAGGCUGAUGAAGCCCGUAUGACAGAGUCGACAGAUGGGGAGCCACGAAAGCCCGAUACCGAGAUGGGAAUGAGUACGACGACGUAGUAAGUAUAUGUGCUGAGGGUACUGAAGAAGUAGGCGAAAGGAUAUCAACAAUCAGUUUGGGAUCCCAGAGUUUACCUCGUUUAUUAAAUAUAAAGUUCAUGAUGGCCUCACGCAAGCACUUAAGGAGAGACGCGCACAAACUUUUCGUGAAUGAGGUUCUUUUCUUGAAAUUCUACUCUGUUGCUUAGCGAUCAUUACGUUUACCAAUCCUAGCAGUUAUUAAAUGUUUAUUGAUGUGCUUAUUUUAUACUAUCC